UCCUUCUCUUAAAAUACAAUAUAACACUCAUCAAAAUCAUGGCUCAUAUUGCUGUGGAGAGAAAUAGGAGAAGGCAAAUGAAUGAACAUCUUAGGGUUUUGAGAUCUUUGACCCCCUGUUUCUAUAUCAAAAGGGGAGAUCAAGCCUCCAUUAUUGGGGGAGUCAUAGAGUUCAUCAAGGAGUUGCAUCAAGUUUUGCAAUCAUUGGAGUCCAACAAACGGAGGAGGAAGAGUAUAAGCCCUAGCCCUGGUACAAGCCCGAGGCCGCAGCUGGUGGCGGUUGCCGAUAAUGGCCCGAUUGGAUUUGAAAAUGGAGUUGAGGUCGUCGGAGCAUGUUGUAAUUCAUCGGUUGCGGAUGUUGAAGCAAAGAUUUCGGGUUCAAACGUCAUUUUGAAGAUCAUUUCCCGACGAAUUCCCGGGCAACUUUCGAAGAUGAUUAGUGUCUUGGAGAGGCUCUCCUUUGAGGUUCUUCAUCUCAACAUUAGUAGUAUGGAUGACACGGUUCUAUACUCUUUUGUGGUGAAGAUAGGGCUUGAAUGUCAGCUAAGUUUGGAGGAACUAGCUUAUGAAGUUCAACAAAGCUUCUGCUCUCAAGUUUAUUUAUGCCAGUGAAAAAUAUAAUUAAAUUAACCUUUGAAGGACUUAAUUAUAUGCUUAAUUAUAUAGACAGUUUUAUUUCACAUUAAGAAUAGAAAUAAGGGAGUUUACUCACAUCAAUGAAGGCUUUGUUUAAUUUAAUAUCAGAAGAUAUAUAUAUAUAUAUAUGCUGUUUUGUAAUAGUGAGAUCUUCAUUACCCAAUCAAAAUCAAAAUGAUAGACAAAUGUCAAUUAUGUCCACCUCCUAAAUUUGGGACAUUUCAUCACCCUUAUAACUUUAAUUGAAUUUCUAUUUCACCA